CAGGACGACAGAGCUGGUGGAUGAAGCCUUUACCUCGCGGUCGAGAAAAUUUUGAAGCCUCUUACCUCGCGAUCGAGGAAAAGAAGAAAUCGAUGCCGCGGUUUCCUUACUCAGUUGAACCUUACUCACUGAGAAGAAGAGAAAGGACUCCGGUUCUAUAA